AGCCAUCUCUCUCUCUCUCUCUCUCACACACACACACACACACACACAACACAAAGUUCUCACUCUCAAAUACUCGCGAUGCGCCUCGCCUUCCUCGCUUGAUGAGCUAAGGAGAUCGAGUUGAGGACAAUGGCCAGCAAUGGCAUGGCGUCCUCCCCUUCCUCCUUCUUCCCUCCGAACUUCCUCCUCCACAUGGCGCAGCAGCAAGCGGCGCCGCCUCACGACCCGCAAGAACACCACCACCACCACCACCAUGGCCACCAUGGCCACCACCAUGAGCAGCAGCAGCAGCAGCAGCAUCACCACCACCUGGGUCCUCCUCCGCCGCCGCCACCGCACCCGCACAACCCGUUCUUGCCGUCCUCCGCUCAAUGCCCGUCCCUCCAAGAAUUCCGAGGCAUGGCGCCAAUGCUGGGGAAGCGGCCGAUGUCGUACGGCGACGGCGGCGGCGGCGGCGACGAGGUGAACGGCGGCGGCGAGGACGAGCUGUCGGACGACGGGUCGCAGGCCGGGGAGAAGAAGCGGCGGCUGAACGUGGAGCAGGUGCGGACGCUGGAGAAGAACUUCGAGCUCGGGAACAAGCUGGAGCCGGAGCGGAAGAUGCAGCUCGCCCGCGCGCUCGGGCUGCAGCCGCGUCAGGUGGCCAUCUGGUUCCAGAACCGCCGCGCGAGGUGGAAGACGAAGCAGCUGGAGAAGGACUACGACGCGCUCAAGCGCCAGCUCGACGCCGUCAAGGCCGAGAACGACGCGCUCCUCAACCACAACAAGAAGCUCCAAGCCGAGAUAGUGGCGCUGAAGGGGAGGGAGGCGGCGUCGGAGCUGAUAAACCUGAACAAGGAGACGGAGGCGUCGUGCAGCAACCGCAGCGAGAAUAGCUCCGAGAUCAACCUCGACAUCUCGCGCACGCCGCCGCCCGACGCCGCCGCGCUCGACACCGCCCCGACCGCGCACCACCACCACCAUGGCGGCGGCGGCGGCGGCGGCGGCGGUGGCGGCAUGAUCCCGUUCUACACCUCCAUCGCCCGCCCCGCCAGCGGCGGCGGCGUCGACAUCGACCAGCUCCUCCACAGCUCGUCGGGCGGCGCCGGCGGACCCAAGAUGGAGCACCACGGCGGCGGCGGCAAUGUGCAGGCGGCGUCCGUCGACACGGCCAGCUUCGGCAACCUGCUCUGCGGCGUCGACGAGCCGCCGCCGUUCUGGCCAUGGCCCGAUCACCAGCACUUCCACUGAUCGAUCGAUCCAUGGAUCCAACCAACCAACCAAACAACCAUUGGCAACAACAAACUAUCUUGCAGUGAUGAAGCGAUCGACAGUAUGUACGGGGUGAUGAAUUAACGAUGAUCACACACCAACGCAAGCGCAUGCACGUGUGUGGAAGAUUCAGACGCAUGCAUUUGGAUUAAUUCUUGGAGAGAUCGAGCAAGCUUAAUUGGGAAGAACAAUGAGAAGGUUGUGUAUGAUGAUGAUGCUAGCUACGAGUAUUGAGGUGAUGAAUGCAUUGAAUUUUUCUCUUGGGUUUGAAGAGGAUAUCGAAUCGAAGGAACUUGUAGAUGAAUAAGCGAGUGAGAUGGAACGACGUACGUAGGGUUAGAUUUUGGAGUUCAGUAGUAGUAUAUUCUGUCACUUUUUAUUUAUUUUUUUUAUUUAUUGGGUUCUUAUUUUUUCCCCUUUUUCUUUACAUACAUAAAUUUGUGAACUUUGUGAGGCAGUGUUUGUUGUGUAUAGGUGCAUGGUGAUUCUUCUUUCUUCCCCUAAUCUGUGUGGAUCAUGUCCCUGUGUUGAGAAAAAUGUUCAUUAAAUUUCGCUCUAGCAAUCACACAAUUGAGUUGUACCCUA